UGGGGUUGCAUAAAUUAUUUUCUAGAGAGUAAAAACACUCAUAUUUCAAAAUGGUUCUCAUUUUUAUAAAGCAAUCUCAUUUCUGGUUAGUAUAUUUCAGGGCGAAUGGGUAAGGAUUGAGCCAAGAGCUUGUGUGAGCAAAUCCAAUUUUUGGCAGCAAAUGUCAGUUACGCGGUUUUGUAGAAUAACGAUACGCGGUUUUGUAUUUUAAACGACAUAACUUGUGUGCCAGUGUGUGCAUGAACACAUGACGAUGAUGAAUAUCUUAAAGUAGCGCUAAUAACAUUUAUAUCAUUUACUUUGCAUUCUUCUCUACAGCUCGACCGUACAAAUAAGGCGAACAUGGUCCCAUCUAGACAGCCUAUGUAGAGCAAAACAGCUUCAGUUGAGACGUCGCGCUGAGAGUUGAAAUGAAUUAAAGAUAAACAACUUUAACAAUAAAGAGUUCAGCAAAUGAAGUGCACGAAAUAAAAAUUAAUAAAAAAGCAAAAACAACAAUACUUUUUCUUUUUUCAAACAAUAAGCAAACAGCAGCAACUGCUGCGUUUCAGCCGGGUGAAGAGCAACGGCAUUCUUUACGGCAUACCGUUUGAAGCUUGUGUGGGUAGCAUUCGCAUUUGUGCCGGGUUAACGUAAAAAUAUCAAUUAGUUAUUACGAGACGAGGAAAAAACCAGUGCGGUCAAAUCAUGGAACAGUGGAAUAAUGUGGAAUUGACCAGUUUAAGGAAAAAAUCCUAUACAUUGAAUCAUGAAUAUGAUUUAGCUAAUAAAUGUAUUGUUGCGAAUAAUAAUAGUGAAGCGCCAGCGACUACCAAUAACAACGCCAAUGGCGAUGAGACCUCUAGUAAUGCGAAUCAAAAUAAUAUACUAAAACCAGGAUCAAAUAUUAAGCCGAAAGUAACAUCAGAGGAUGUGGAAUCGUUAGUGCGACGACUUUAUGGCAUCACAAUAAAUGAAAUUAAAGAAUUAAUAUCAUAUGAUGAUCGCAAUUAUCUAAUACAACCAGAUUGGAAUAUAAAAAAUCCAAUUAUCACCACCCAAUGGCCGCAUGGAUAUAUUUUGAAAAUUCUAAAUGCGCUUGACUCGAAAAAGCCAAACUUCGUCGAUGCUCAAAAUGAGCUAAUGCUUUAUUUAGCCAAAGAAGGCAUAAUUUGCCCCAGACCAAUAGAAAAUGUUAAUGGAAAAUACUUUUCUGUGGAGAACAUAAAUGGCGCUGAUCACGUUGUUCGUUUGCUGGAGUUUGUGCCAGGCCAAAUGUUUCACGAAGUGGAAAAAUCCAAUUAUCUGCUUUACAAGAGUGGCGAAUUCAUAGCCAAAGUCGACAGAACGUUGAAGAAUUUCCAACAUGAAGUCUACGAUACACACAAAACUCUCUGGAUGUUGGAGUCGGUGCCACGGUUGCGUGAGUUCCUUUACGUCUUACAGGACAUCUCGCGCAAAGCUAUUGUCGAGGAGAUCAUUGAUGCAUUCGAAAAGAAUGUGCUGACACAAUUGGAUAAGCUUGAAAAGCAAAUAAUACACGGUGAUUACAAUGAACAAAAUAUCAUAGUUGAGCAAUCGAAAAAGUCCGCCGAUGGCGAAUAUAAAGUGAAAGGCAUCAUUGAUUUCGGUGAUACCAACAAGUCGCCAAUAAUCUUCGAAAUAGGUAUUGCGCUAACUUAUAUGAUACUUCAAGCCAAGUCGCUAGAAAGUGGUGGCUACUUUAUUGCCGGUUAUACCGAUAUACGACCGAUUAGCACGGAGGAGCGUUCGCUGUUGAAGUAUUGCGUAGCAGCACGUUUGGCGCAGAGUCUUGUUAUGGGCGCAUAUACACAUUCGCUGGAUCAAUCUAACGAAUAUGUAUUGGUAACGCAAGAAGAAGGUUGGAAGAUGAUUGUGGAUUUGUGGCGUAAUAAAUUUAACGAGGUCGAAGAAAUGUGGCAGACAACAGCCGAUAAAUAUCUGACCCAAAGUGUUAAAUAAAUUUGGCAAUAGCUGAUGAGUAUUAGAUGUUGCAGAAGAUACGCACCAAAUUCUAAAUGAGCAAUUAUAAAAAGUAUUUUGAAAGUCAAUUUCUUGUUGGAAAAAGUCAAUUUUGAAGUCAAUUUGUAAUUCAAGUAUUGUGUAUGUUAAUUGUUAAUUGUUUUAUUAUGUAUUUAAAAGCGUGUCAAUCCUUAUUAAACAAAAAAUAAAAACUUAUUUAUAACUUUAAGA